UGUGUGAGUCAGCACCAUGGAGGUGGAAGUUGUCAUCUCUAAAAACGGCAGCUGAUGUUUUAAAGCCUUGAUUCCGAACAGGUUGUUCUAACUAGCUGGCCUAAUACAAACUGUCCCCGUUUUCAGGGGUUUGCGGCCGUACAUUGUGAUCUGAGGGAUAACAGCGUGGCGAUGGAGUGGUUCGGCAGUGGAGCUGCCAUGUUCUCGGAGGAAGAGAUCAGCGGUGUUGCUGGAUCAAAAAGCUUCCUCAGCUCACCGCUUCAUCAUCAGCAGCCGAGCGCAGAGAGAAUGGCCUCGCUGUGCCAGAGCCAGCAGCGGUGUGUGAAGGCCUCCAUCGAGUCCAGCUGGCAGCUGGUGGAGGCACAGGACCAGCUCUGUGGCCUGGAGCUCCAUGGCUCGGAGUCGGCGGAGCAGGAGCAUGCCCGGGCCCUCACCAGCUCCGCCGAGCUCUCCCAGACAGAGGAGGAGUGGCGCCACAAGGAGAGCAUGCUGGGAAGCCAGGACCUCAGCAGGAGCCCUGUGCUUAGCCUGCUCAGCAGCCGAGACGUCUUCGACAAGAGUAUCAUUAAUGUUCAGAGUGGAAGCGUGGAAGUGGAACAUGACAAAAGCAAAACCUUUGUUCAGAAAUAUGAACAGGAGUUGAGACAUUUUGGCAUGCUACGGCGGUGGGAUGACAGCCAGCGCUUCCUGUCUGAUAGGACAUACCUCAUCUGUGAGGAGACGGCCAACUACUUAAUCCUGUGGUGCUUUCGACUCCAGGCUGAGGAGAAAGAAGCCUUGAUGGAGCAGGUCGCUCACCAGGCUGUAGCCAUGCAGUUCAUCCUGGAGAUGGCCAGCAGUUCCCAACAGGACCCCCGUGGGUGCUUCCGGCAGUUCUUCCAGAAAGCCAGAACUGGCCAGGAGGGAUAUUUGGAUGUCUUCCGAACUGAGCUGGAAGCCUUCAAGCAGCGGGUGAAAGAGUACACAGUCCAGAGCAAAGGAGAGACUCCAAACAAUGUGGAGCACCAGAAAACCCAAAACUACUGCUGCCUGGACCCCAAAGAGGUCCUGGAAUCCCUGCCCCCCGAGCUAAGAAGGGGCUUCCAGCUGCAAGACAUGCAGAUCCUACAGAACGUUCUCAGCAGCAUGAAUCCACAGGUGGCAGAGUAUCACGUGAAGCAGUGUUUGGAGGCAGGGCUGUGGAGCACCACCAUACGAGGGCAGAAGGAGGACGCCACAGAAACGGAAGAGCCCAGACUGAUGGAGACCUCGUAGCGAAGUGACACUCCUUUGCCUCGUCCUAGGAAUUGGAUUCGAAUAGGAAACUGAAAUGAGCGGGAGGGCCAAGAACCCACACAGACUAUUUUUGUACGCUGAAUUUCCCGCCUGAAUGUGCGCCGCACUUUAUAUUUGUUCUGGAAAGUAUUUUAAAAAAGGAAAUUGUAUUGUGAAGCUGUCACGUUUGUUAAGAUCAUUUCCCUGCUCCGGAUUAUUUUGGUUGGGGUUUUUUGUUUUGUUUUUUUUGUUUUUUUCGCAGAGUUGAGCGAGGAUGGCAGAGGUAAAGUUGGAUGGAAGGAGACGUUCUAAUCUGCUUUCAUCUCAGUUUCACAAUGAAGGGAGCUCGUCUAAUGAAUUAUGUCUGAGCCUUGCAUAAGCUUAGCACAAGACGCCAAAUUCCCUCCUUGGAGAAAAAAAUAAAAGUAUUGAUUGGUUUCACUUUUUUUUUUUUUUAAACAGGUCAUUAUUUUCAUGUAGCAUCUGUCUGAGGUUGCUCCUACUCUCUUGAAAGAUGCCUGUUCCAGUGGCCUUGACCUCUGUGCAUGUAGUAUAUUAGAGAAACUGCUGGGUUCACCCCAGGGAAAACCUACCACAGCGCACAUGGCCAAAGAUCACCAGAUAGUUUUUGAUUGGCUGAAAUGAGUGCAUCAUCGCUUGGAGCUGGUAAGGUCUGCACACACUGCUGUUAGUGGUGCCGUAACAAGAGAGUAAUAUUCAGUUUGGCACGAGGCAAAAUGACAUGUGCUUGAAAGUGCUAUUAGCCUUGUGUUGUUCUUAGCAUUGUGCAGUGCUACCUAAAACCUAUGCAAAGUAUUUGGUGUGCGAAGACUAACAUGCUAAUGAGAUGUUAUAGCUAUAUUUUCUGCUAGUAUGUGUUGGGGCUGUAGAUACUGCCAUUAUUUCCAAAAUAAAUGGGCUUUAGUGUGAAAGCACCGUCACAAUUUUGUUAUGAAUCUGCU